UGGUUAGGGGCCAUAGGUGGAGCUAUAGCUGGUGGUGUUGGUGCAGUUGUAGCGGCGCCUGUUGCCUUGGGAGCAGCUGGUUUUACCGCGGCUGGUAUAACAGCAGGUUCGGUUGGAGCAUCCAUGAUGUCUGUAAUGGCACCGACUGUCGCUGGUGGUGUUGUAGCUACUCUUCAAUCUGCUGGUGCAGCAGGAUUGGGUUCUGCAGGAGCUGCUGUAGUAGGAGCUGCUGGAGCUAUCGUCGGAGCCGUUGCUGGCAAGUAA